AAGAAAAAGAAGAUAAGCAACUAAAGAAAUCAAAACAGAUCAACAAAAUUUGAGGCUAGCAUGAAGAAACUAUUGAAGAAACCUAAACCUUUGUCUUUUACUUUUUUUAUGAUUCUGGUGGUUUAUAAUGUUUCUAUGGUUAGAGGAAAGUAUCAUGAGGAAAAGACUCCAUACAUAGUUCAUAUGUCUAAGUCACAAAUGCCGGCAAGCUUCAAUCAUCAUUUUCAUUGGUAUGAAUCAACUCUGAAGUCUGUAUCUAACACAUCAGAAAUAAUUUACACCUAUGAGGAUGCAAUUCAUGGGUUUUCAACUAGUUUAACACCUACCGAAGCGAGGUUAAUGUUGACCCAAGCUGGUAUUCUGAAAGUUUAUCCAGAUAAAAAGUAUAAGCUUUUAACAACACGAACUCCAGAGUUCCUUGGACUGGAUAGAAUUCCGGCCAUGUUCCCUGCAUCAUCAUCAUCAUCAUCAUCAUCAAGUAGAAGCAUGGAGGAUGUAAUUGUUGGUGUUAUAGACUCUGGAAUUUGGCCUGAAAGCAAGAGCUUUGACGAUACCGGAUAUGGUCCCAUCCCGAAAACAUGGAAAGGAAAGUGCGAAACAGGUCCUGAUUUCACAGCUUCAAACUGUAAUAAGAAAUUGAUCGGUGCAAGGUUCUUUCUGAAGGGCUAUGAGGCUGACAAGGGUAGUCCGAUCAAUGAAACCAAAGAAUCUAGGUCACCACGAGACACUAAUGGCCAUGGAACCCACACAGCGAGCACAGCAGUAGGAUCUCCGGUGAGAAAUGCGAGUCUUUUCGGUUAUGCUGCCGGUACAGCACGUGGGAUGGCCCCAAGGGCCAGAGUUGCUAUAUACAAGGUUUGCUGGGAAGGUCAUGGUUGUUUGGGUUCUGAUUAUCUAGCUGCCAUAGAUCAGGCUAUCACCGACAAAGUCAAUGUCCUUUCAUUGUCAUUCGGAACUGUUCCACGUGAUUAUGCAGAGGACCCCCUCGCAAUCGGAGCCUUUGCAGCAAUGGAGCAUGGGAUUCUAGUAUCUUGUGCAGGAGGAAACUCAGGUACCCGUGCUUCUAUGAUCACCAAUGUUGCACCUUGGAUUACCACAGUGGGAGCUGGCACUCUUGACCGAGAUUUCCCUGCAUAUAUGACUCUCGGAAACAGGCAGAAUUAUACAGGAGUGUCACUUUAUAAUGGUAGUUCUUUGCCGGAUACUCCUAUGUUAUUAAUAUACGCAGGGAAUGCAAGCCUUCCUGGUGAAGAAGAUAAUGCUGGAAUGUGUACGCAGGAAAGCUUAGACAAAGAAAAAGUAGAAGGAAAGAUUGUAAUGUGUGAGUCUGGAUUCCUUAAUGGGCCGGAGAAAGGAAAUAUAGUUAAAUCAGUUGGUGGUUUGGGCAUGGUAUUGGCCACCUUUGAUUACGAAGAAGAGGAGCUGUUGGUAGAACCCCAUAUUUUGCCAACAAUAGUGGUGAAAUUCAAAGAUGGUCAAGCCAUCAAGAAAUAUUUGUUUUCCCAAAAUCCAAAUAAAUCGAUGGCUACGGUUGUAUUUGAAAGAACAAAGCUUGGGGUGCAGCCGUCCCCUGUCGUUGCGAUGCUUAGCUCACGAGGCCCCAAUAAAAUAACUUCGCAAAUAUUGAAGCCCGAUGUCAUUGCUCCAGGUAUUAACAUCUUAGCAGCAUGUAGUAGGAAAGUGAGUCCCACUAAUGAGGAUUGGGAUCCAAGGCGCGUGGAUUUUAACAUUUACUCAGGUACGUCCAUGGCAUGCCCUCACAUGAGCGGGAUAGCAGCUCUAAUCAAGUCGAUUCACCCAGAUUGGACCCCAGCCGCCAUUCGAUCUGCAUUGAUGACAACAGCUUAUACAGCUUACAAGAACGGAAAGACAUUGUUGGACGGUAGUGACAAACAGCCAGCGACACCUUUUGAUUUUGGGGCUGGACAUGUGGACCCCGUUCUUGCAUUAAAUCCUGGACUUGUCUAUGAUCUGACGGUGGACGACUACUUGAGCUUCCUCUGCGCAUUAAACUAUUCAGCUGCUGAUAUGGAAGUCGUGGUGAGGAGAAAUUUCACAUGUGACCCAAAGAAACAUUACAGUGUAGCAAACCUUAAUUACCCGUCAUUUGCUGUGGUCUUUGAGGGUGGACAUGGUACAGAGAAGAUUAAACACACGCGGACUCUUACUAAUGUGGGUGCGGCAGGAACAUACAAGGUAUCAAUUAAGUCAGAUGCUCCAUUUGUCAAGAUCUUGGUUGAACCAGAAGUGUUAAGUUUCAAGAGAAAAGAGAAAAAGUUCUACACAAUUACAUUUACCACAUCUGGUUCGAAACCAAAUAGCUCUCAAAGUUUUGGAAGUUUGGAAUGGUCUGAUGGAAAGACUAUUGUUAGAAGUCCGAUUGCAUUUAGCUGGAAAUGACAGUGAAAGCUCCAAGAAUGUUUUAGUGUUUGGAAUGGUCUCAACACUUAUGCUCAUAUAUGUAUAAUAGUACACACUUGACUCUAAAGUCUGACUUUUAUUGAAGAUUUAUUAUGGGCUUGUAUCUAUUUUGGUGUGAUUUUAAUUCUAAUUUGCUUGAUUAUUUUUUCUUCAAUUU